GGAAGAAGAUGAUGAUGAUAAAUUAUCACAUUCAAUUAAUGGGGCUGAUGGACGUCGAUUAUUUUUAGGUGAUGGAAGUGUUGAUAUUCGUUUCGUUGAUGAUGAUGGUAGGAAAGAAUUAUCAAUAUCAAUUAACGGUGUAGAUGGUCGAGAAUUAUUAUUUUUGGUUGGCGGAAGUGUUGAUAUUCGUUUUGAUGAUAGGAAAGAAUUAUCAUAUUCAAUUAACGGUGUAGAUGAUCGAGAAUUAUUAUUUUUGGUUGGUGGAAGUGUUGAUAUUCGUUUUGAUGAUAAGAAAGAAUUAUCAUAUUCAAUUAACGGUGUGGACGGUCGAGAAUUAUUAUUUUUGGUUGGCGGAAGUGUUGAACUUCGCUUCGAAGAAGAAUGCGCUGAUAAUAGAGAAUCAUUAGUAUAUUGA